AUCGAAACUAGGAAAAAAAAAAAUGGUGGCGGGUCUGCUGCCCGUGAUAACUGGUGCCAUAAAGGCGGCGACGCUGCUGUUGGGGGUGGGAAAAGUGGCGUUCAUUCCAACGCUGAUAGUGGCGUUGGCUUAUUACAACUACGAUUUAAUGGACCCCGAAAACCAACCGCGAGUUGCGCGAGUCCUGCGCAAGGAGUAUGACUUCAUAAUCGUGGGGGGAGGUUCGGCCGGAAGUGUCCUUGCGAACCGUUUGACGGAAGUCCCGGAGUGGAAUGUCCUGCUCCUCGAAGCCGGAGGAUACGAGACCGAAAUCACUGACGUCCCGAUCCUCUCCUUGUAUCUCCAUAAGAGCAAAUUCGAUUGGAAGUACAGGACCCAGCCUCAGGACUCGGCCUGCCAAGCCAUGGUCGACAAACGAUGCUGCUGGACGAGGGGAAAGGUCCUCGGGGGUUCGAGUGUGCUGAACACGAUGCUGUACAUCAGGGGUAAUCGGCGAGACUAUGAUCAGUGGGAAAGUUUUGGAAAUUAUGGAUGGGGAUGGGACGACGUUUUGCCGUAUUUCAAGAAAUCCGAGGAUCAACGGAAUCCCUACUUGGCACGCAGUACCAAGUACCAUAGCACAGGCGGCUACUUGACGGUCCAAGAUGCACCCUUCAACACUCCACUGGGGGUUGCCUUCCUGCAGGCGGGUGAAGAAAUGGGCUACGACAUAGUGGAUGUGAACGGAGCCCAACAGACGGGUUUCGCGUUCUACCAAUACACGAUGAGGAGAGGAACCCGAUGCAGCGCGGCAAAGGCGUUCAUCCGUCCGGUACGGAGCCGUAAGAACCUGGACAUAGCACUCUGGUCCCACGCCACCAAAGUACUGACAGAUCCCGGAACAAAGCGAGCCUACGGAGUGGAGUUCAUCAGAGACGGUAAGCGGGAGGUCGUCUUCGCCCAGAAGGAGGUCAUCCUCUCGGCCGGAGCCAUAAACUCACCACAACUGAUGAUGCUCUCCGGAAUCGGACCCAAGAGGCACCUGGAGGAGGUCGGCGUCCAGGUCGUUCACGACGCGCCAGGCGUGGGACAGAACCUGCAGGAUCACAUCGCGGUUGGAGGCUUGGCUUUCCUGAUCGACCACGAGAUCAGCUUGGUCAUGAACCGCCUGGUGAACAUCAAUUCAGCGUUGAGGUACGCGAUAACCGAGGACGGACCUCUGACCUCAAGCGUGGGACUGGAAGCGGUAGCCUUCAUAUCGACAAAAUACGCGAACGUGAGCGAUGACUGGCCCGAUAUGGAGUUCAUGCUGACCUCCUCGUCGACGAACUCGGACGGCGGAACACACGUGAAGAAUGCGCAUGGACUGACGAAUGAGUUUUAUAACGAGGUCUUCGGCCGGAUCAACAACAAGGAUGUCUUUGGGGUUUUCCCAAUGAUGCUGAGACCCAAGUCGCGCGGCUUCAUCAAGCUCAAAUCGGCAAACCCUCUAGACUACCCGAUCAUGGUUCACAACUACCUGACGCAUCCCGACGACGUCGACGUUCUUCGGGAGGGCGUCAAGGCCGCCGUUGCCUUCGGGGAAACCGCAACCAUGCGUAGGUUUGGAGCCAGGUUUCACAGCAAACCAGUUCCCAACUGCAAGCACAUCCCGUUGUUCACUGACGAGUAUUGGAACUGCGCUAUUAGGCAGUACACUAUGACCAUUUAUCACAUGAGCUGUACUGCGAAAAUGGGAACACCCGACGAUCCUAUGGCUGUUGUUGACCCUGAACUGAGGGUCUAUGGCGUUCCGGGUUUGAGAGUCAUCGACGCGUCCAUCAUGCCUACCAUCACCAAUGGUAACAUCAAUGCGCCAGUCAUCAUGAUCGCCGAAAAGGGCGCUGACCUCAUCAAACAACAAUGGUUGUCUAAAGCCCAGGUUGUCUAAAGAUCAGUUACGGUCUUAGAGUAAGGCUCGUUGGACAAAAUCGACUUUAUCCGCCCAUUUCGUCAUGAGAUAGUAAUAAAGUCGAUCGUAGUAACGUUAAUGUAACGAAAUAUUUAAGUGGAAUCACUCUUUUGACUGUAGAAUGAAUUUAAA